AUGGAGGAGCCUAAUAAGCAGAAGACGAAAGAGAAGCCAAACGUUUGGUUCUCAUUGAGAAACUCGCUGCACUGCAAAUCUGGGCCGUCGGACGUGCACGACCCAAGGAUCCGCCGGAGUCAGGUGGCCUCGAUCUUGACCAAGAAAAGCGGCCGGUCCGGGUGCUCGCGGUCCAUCUCCAACCUGAAGGACGUCAUCCAUGGCAGCAAGCGGCACCUGGAGAGGCCGGCGGCCAGCUGCAGCCCCAGAUCCAUCGGCAGCUCCGAGUUUCUCAACCCCAUUGCUCAUGAGGUUAUCCUCACCGACUCCAACUGCGAGUUCAAGAUCACCGGCUACGGCAGAUCGACGUUUGUGGGCACAGUAACACCCGGGACGCCGGGCCCCGGAGAAAACAUUCAUCCUAAUAACCCCUCUUCCAGACAUUCCAAGAAAAAGGCUCAUCUUUUAACACAAGUGGAAAGGGAUGAACUUGGCAAUGGCGGCGGGCCUAGAAAAAGUGGGUCCCUUGAGAAAUAUGGUAAUGGCGGUGCUUGCCACAGGUGUGGAGAGCAUUUUGUGAGAUGGGAGGCUCUUGAAUCUCAUUAUCUUUCUAACCAUGCUGUAUCCGAACUAUCGGAAGGCGACUCGUCAAGAAAAAUAGUGGAGAUAAUCUGCCGGUCGACCAUGCCAAAGCCCGAGACCCAAUCCGUGAAAAUCGACAAAGUCCUCAAAGUCCACAACAUGCAGAAAGCCCUGGCCAGGUUCGAGGACUACAGGGAGACAGUCAAAAUAAAAGCGGGCAAGCUUCCGAAAAAGCACCCUCGUUGUUUGGCUGAUGGAAACGAGCUCUUGAGAUUUCACGGCACGACCCUUGUGUGCUCGUUGGGCCUAAACGGCUCGUCCAGCCUGUGCGUGUCAGAGAAAUGCAAUGUUUGUUGCAUUAUUAGAAACGGGUUUUUGGGCAAAAGGGAAAUGAAGAAAGGCGGAAUAGGAGUUUUCACGGCCUCGACCAGCGGACGGGCUCUCGAGUCCAUAGAGGUGGGCGCGGAGGAUAAUUACUCGGUGAGGAAGGCUUUGAUCGUGUGUAGGGUUAUAGCCGGGAGGGUGCAUAGGCCGGUGGAGAGUGUGGAAGAGAUUGUGGGGCAGGUUGGGUUCGACUCGUUGGCCGGCAAAGUUGGCUUGUAUUCGAAUAUUGAGGAGCUUUACUUGCUUAACCCCAAGGCUCUGCUUCCUUGUUUUAUUGUCAUUUGCAAAUCAUGA